AAUGUGUCCAUCCUCCAGACGGUGCGCAUCACACCCAUUAGGCUGACCAUCUACAAGAAGAGAAGUCCUUCAGACUUUGUGGUAUUAGUGGAGAGGCCUUUGUUACCUACCACCCACUCAGUAUACCCACUCUUUCUGCAUCAUGGACUUUUCAUUCAUAGCACUUAUCCCAAUUUUUUCCUUCCUUUCUGGUUACCAAGACUCUGUUUCAAGUUGAAGCUUGGAAAUGUUAAUGAGUUCCAGGAUAUUAACGUUAAAAAUGAAUUUAGCUGCUGAAUGGUUCUAUUGAUGUUAGCUCUGGAAACUCAAAUCAUGUUCAAAUAAAUUACAUGGAAACAGUAAAUGUCACUUUUCCCUGUUUCUUUCUUUACUACUGCUAAUGUUUAUGAACUAUUCAGAAUCUGAAUGAGUUUUUCCUGUCAGCAUGUACACUGUUAUCCCAAACUCUGAUGUUUUGAAAAGAUGACUCAUGGACUUAAGUUUUAAAUGAGAAUAUUAUUUCUGUUGAUCCUCAUUUGAAUCACUGUGGAAUAAAUAAAUAUUAACAUAUUAUAAGGCAUCCCUUUCUUAAGAGAGUAAAGGACUGAUGAAAUGAAGACUUUGCUUACUUAAAAAAACAUUUUACUGUAGUGUUGUGCAAAGGAAACUAAACCACAAAUAUGAGUGUCUUGGUAGCUAUACAUAGUGGCAGCAAGAAAGGUGACUCACAGAUAAGCCUAUUUGGAAUACCCAGGUGCUCCUAAUUGCCACUUUCUAUAACUUCUAAAUCCUAGUAACUACUACUUCAGUAGUCACUUCUUCACUUUAGGCAGGAGGCAUUUUAGCAUAAUUACAUUAAAUUGUUGAAAUAACUUACUACUUCAUGGAGAAAGAUUCUAGUACAGAACAACUAGAGACUGCUGAAAUAAUCACUGAGCUCUAGAGUUAUUUUCAUUAUUUCAUAAACUUAUUCUAUUUCUCAGUGAUAAUAUGGUGUGGCCUUACUGACAGUCUAUUUGUUUGGGGAUGAAAUUUUAUCACUGUUAUCACUUAUAUGAUAACGGUUACCUUAAGAGUACCAGAUUAAUGAAGAUGAGAGAAAGAAAAUAUUGAGAAGCUUUUACAUGUCAGUUUCUAUUUUAGGUAUUAAUAUUAUUAUACCUAAUUCACAUACAUUCUCAUUUUAUUUUCACUAACAUUAGAAAGUAGGAGUCACUACCUCCAUUUUAUGUAGAGGCAACUGUGAGUCUCAGAGGAGUUAAUGGUGCAUUUGAAAUCCCAUAGCUAGCCAGCCUGUAGCUGGAUUUAAAUUGAAGUCAUCGUGGCUACCAAGUUUGUCUUUCCCUUCAUGCCACAUCUCUCAAUCUUAUAAUCUUCAGAUGGUAGCUUGUCCUUUUUGGAAGUGUGUGGGGAGAUUCUGCUAUGAGAACUGCAAGGAUUUUCUGUGAUGGAGCUAGCAGAAAAGUUCAGCUCAGAUGAGUUGAAGAAAAUGUCUCCAAAGCUGUCAAUGGAAAAGCUCUUCCGUUGUACCUAAGGGAAUAAAAUAAGGAAUUCCCCACAGACUCUUCAACAGAAUAAAAGUUAUGAGAAUAUUUGAUGGUAUUGCUCUUGAUCUCUGGGCAGUGAUAAGGUCAAGAACUUAUGUUCUGUACAAUUGUUACUUACAGUAAAGAUUUGGCCUUUGAUUUGAUCUUUUAAGUUCUGGUAUGAGCUUAACAAAUAACUCAGGAGAAGUGGCAGGGGCUGAAGUCUGAUUGGCUAAGUUAACUUGUAAAUAGUAGUUAGGACAAGAGUAUGAUGUUGAUGUCCACUGAGGCUUAUUUUAAAAGAGAGCAGCUAUUUGAAUGUUCAUAUAUCACAUUCAGAAAGUUAUUUUGAAGGGAUAAACAUUUUAAAAAGUAGACCAUGGUUAAAUGUCAUAGUGAUGUUACCAUAUGCAAAUGGCAUGUCUCAUUUUGUUAGUGCUUUUUUUUUUUUUAUUACACUAGCAGGAUGUCAUCACUAGAGAAAAGGUAGAAGGUAACAAGUGCCAGAAAUUCAAUAGAACAGCGCAAUUUAAUUUCACCAAUGCUAAUAAUUUGAUAUAUAGUAUUUCUGAUUUUUUUUAUAUUUACUUGUAUAUGCUUCACCCAAACAGGAUCAAAGCACAAUAGUAUUUGUUAACCUAUUUUUUAAUUUGUUUAUCAGUUUUCCACUUAAUGAUACUUUAUGAAUAGCUUUCCAUCAUUAUAUAUGAUAAUAAUACUACUCCAUACUACUGAUGUACCAAAAUAUUUAACUUUCUUUUAUUGAGCAAUUAUAUUGCUUUGAUUUUUUAAUCAGAACAAGGUUAUCAUGAGUAAGGUUUCAAAAAUAUUUAUAGGCUACUGUGCACUGUGUUGUCAUAUAAAUUUUUAAUAUCCUAAUAUUUUAAUAGGAUUUUAACAUUUUCUAUAUUUUUGCAUUUUUAUGAAUUCACACAUGUAUCUUUUCUUUGUACAUUCUUCCAUUCCUAUUAUAUCCACAGGAAACUUUUCCAUAUUUAUGUGUCCCUAAAUGUGCCAGCCAUUUUGUAGGGCAUGUGUCCAACAAUAGUGUCCUCUUAGAAUUUGACAUUUAGUGUGUGUAUUUUAUUUUCAUUGUAGAGGGCCCUUGUUGGUGUGUGAAGUAUGAUUUCUGCAUAUAUUUUUGAGUGGUAAGGCUUGUAUGUUUGGUAGACAUGGUCUGAAUCUCAUGGACUGUCUGAAAAUUAACAUCUGAUUUUGUUUACCAGAGGAAAGAUCAUAGGUUAUAUUUUCUGAAACAAGUGUUAUGUUCUAUAUUUUGAACACCAAACAUCAUGUGACCAGAUAAUGUAAGUAAGAGAUUUUAGAAAAGAGCUGAGAGGAAUAUCGUGACAGUGUAUUUGCUAUUAACGAAUACACACUGCUCUGUAAAAUAAUCAUGUUAACCAGUACACUGGUCUUCCUGCAUCAUCAACAUUUCCUUAAUAGUCUGUCGAGUGAUGCUGAGUCAGAGAUAGCAUUAAAGAUAUUAGAAUCAGCUGUUUAGCUGAAAUGUUUACAUCCUAUAAAAUCCUUAAAAAAUUAUGAUAAAAAUACAAGACUCCAUUCCUUUCAUCAUGCUACUGGAUGAAAGGAGUUUGUGGCUGUAAAUAAAUUUCUUUCUCUUGAGCAAAUAUCUGAGCAGAAGAUUAUAAUGUCUCCACAGCUAGUUCCUUGUCGAUCCACAUUUGUGCCUUUUCCACGACUUCAGCCAUCAAUAUCUGAUUCAAGAAAAAGGGUACAAGUUGAAUUCUAUAUGAAUGAAAACACAUUCAAAGAGAGACUAAAAUUAUUUUUCAUUAAGAACCAGAGAUCAAGUUUAAGAAUACGCCUGUUCAAUUUUUCUCUCAAAUUAUUGAGCUGCUUGUUGUACAUAAUCCGAGUACUACUAGAAAGCCCUUCACAAGGAAAUGAAUGGUCUCAUAUCUUUUGGGUGAACAGAAGUCUACCUUUAUGGGGCUUACAGGUUUCAGUGGCAUUGAUAAGCCUCUUUGAAACAAUACUACUUGGUUAUCUUAGUUAUAAGGGAAACAUCUGGGAACAGAUUUUACGAAUACCCUUCAUCUUGGAAAUAAUUAAUGCGGUUCCCUUCAUUAUCUCAAUAUUCUGGCCUUCUUUAAGGAAUCUAUUUGUACCAGUAUUUCUAAACUGUUGGCUUGCCAAACAUGCCUUGGAAAAUAUGAUUAAUGAUCUACACAGAGCCAUUCAGCGUACACAGUCUGCAAUGUUUAAUCAAGUUUUGAUUUUAAUAUCUACAUUACUAUGCCUUAUCUUCACCUGCAUUUGUGGGAUCCAACAUCUGGAACGAAUAGGAAAGAAGCUGAAUCUCUUUGAUUCCCUUUAUUUCUGCAUUGUCACAUUUUCUACUGUGGGCUUUGGGGAUGUCACUCCUGAAACAUGGUCCUCCAAGCUUUUUGUUGUUGCUAUGAUCUGUGUUGCUCUUGUGGUUCUACCCAUACAGUUUGAACAGCUGGCCUAUUUAUGGAUGGAGAGACAAAAGUCAGGUGGAAACUAUAGUCGACAUAGAGCUCAAACUGAAAAGCAUGUUGUUCUGUGUGUCAGCUCACUGAAGAUUGAUUUACUUAUGGAUUUUUUAAAUGAAUUCUAUGCUCAUCCAAGACUACAGGAUUAUUAUGUGGUGAUUUUGUGUCCUACUGAAAUGGAUGUGCAAGUUCGAAGGGUGCUACAGAUUCCAAUGUGGUCCCAAAGGGUUAUCUACCUUCAAGGGUCAGCGCUUAAAGAUCAAGACCUGUUGAGAGCAAAGAUGGAUGACGCUGAGGCCUGUUUUAUUCUGAGCAGCCGUUGUGAAGUGGAUAGGACGUCAUCUGAUCACCAAACAAUUUUGAGAGCAUGGGCUGUGAAGGAUUUUGCUCCAAAUUGCCCUUUGUAUGUCCAGAUACUAAAGCCUGAAAAUAAAUUCCAUAUUAAAUUUGCUGAUCAUGUUGUCUGUGAAGAAGAGUUUAAAUACGCCAUGUUAGCUUUAAACUGUAUAUGCCCAGCAACAUCUACACUUAUUACACUGCUGGUUCAUACCUCUAGAGGGCAGUGUGUGUGCUUGUAUUGCAGAGAAGGCCAGCAAUCGCCAGAACAAUGGCAGAAGAUGUACGGUAGAUGCUCUGGGAAUGAAGUCUACCACAUUGUUUUGGAAGAGAGUACAUUUUUUGCUGAAUAUGAAGGAAAGAGUUUUACAUAUGCUUCUUUCCAUGCUCACAAAAAGUUUGGUGUCUGUUUGAUUGGUGUUAGGAGGGAGGAUAAUAAAAACAUUUUGCUGAAUCCAGGUCCUCGAUACAUUAUGAAUUCUACAGACAUAUGUUUUUAUAUUAAUAUUACCAAAGAAGAGAAUUCAGCAUUUAAGAACCAAGACCAGCAGAGGAAAAGCAAUGUGUCAGGCUCAUUUUAUCAUGGACCUUCCAGACUACCUGUACACAGCAUAAUUGCCAGCAUGGGUACUGUGGCUAUAGACUUGCAAGAUACAAGCUGUAGAUCAGCCAGUGGCCCUACCCUGACUCUUCCUACAGAGGGAAGCAAAGAAAUAAGAAGACCUAGCAUUGCUCCUGUUUUAGAGGUUGCAGAUACAUCAUCAAUUCAGACAUGUGAUCUUUUAAGUGAUCAAUCAGAAGAUGAAACUACACCAGAUGAAGAAAUUUCCUCAAACUUAGAGUAUGCUAAAGGCUACCCACCUUACUCUCCAUACAUAGGAAGUUCGCCCACUUUUUGUCAUCUCCUUCACGAAAAAGUGCCAUUUUGUUGCUUAAGAUUAGACAAGAGUUGCCAGCAUAACUACUAUGAGGACGCAAAAGCCUAUGGAUUCAAAAAUAAACUAAUUAUAGUUGCAGCUGAAACAGCUGGAAAUGGACUAUAUAAUUUUAUUGUUCCUCUCAGGGCAUAUUAUAGACCAAAGAAAGAACUUAAUCCCAUAGUACUACUAUUGGAUAACCCGCCAGAUAUGCAUUUUCUGGAUGCAAUCUGUUGGUUUCCAAUGGUUUACUACAUGGUGGGCUCUAUUGACAACCUAGAUGACUUACUUAAGUGUGGAGUGACCUUUGCUGCCAACAUGGUGGUUGUGGAUAAAGAGAGCACCAUGAGUGCCGAGGAAGACUACAUGGCAGAUGCAAAGACCAUUGUGAACGUGCAGACACUUUUCAGGUUGUUUUCCAGUCUCAGUAUUAUCACAGAGCUUACUCAUCCAGCCAACAUGAGAUUCAUGCAAUUCAGAGCCAAAGACUGUUAUUCUCUUGCUCUUUCAAAACUCGAAAAGAAAGAAAGGGAGAGAGGUUCUAAUUUGGCCUUUAUGUUUCGACUGCCUUUUGCUGCUGGGAGGGUAUUUAGCAUCAGCAUGUUGGACACUCUUCUAUAUCAGUCAUUUGUGAAGGAUUAUAUGAUUUCAAUCACCAGACUUCUGUUGGGACUGGACACUACACCAGGAUCAGGGUUUCUUUGUUCUAUGAAAAUCACUGAAGAUGACUUAUGGAUCAGAACUUAUGCCAGACUUUAUCAGAAGUUGUGUUCUUCCACUGGAGAUGUUCCCAUUGGAAUCUUCAGGACCGAAUCCCAGAAACUUACUACAUCUGAGUCUCGAAAAAUAGCAUCACAAUCUCAGAUAUCCAUCAGCGUCGAAGAGUGGGAAGACACCAGAGACUCCAAAGAGCAAGGGCACCACCGCAGCAACCACCGCAACUCCACGUCUAGCGACCAGUCCGACCACCCCCUGUUGCGGAGAAAGAGCAUGCAGUGGGCCCGAAGACUGAGCCGAAAAGGUCCAAAACACUCUGGUAAAACAGCUGAAAAAAUAACCCAGCAGCGACUGAACCUCUACAGGAGGUCAGAGAGACAAGAGCUUGCUGAACUUGUGAAAAAUAGAAUGAAACACUUGGGUCUUUCUACAGUGGGAUAUGAUGAAAUGAAUGACCAUCAGAGUACACUCUCCUACAUCCUGAUUAACCCAUCUCCAGAUACCAGAAUAGAGGUGAACGAUGUUGUAUAUUUAAUUCGACCAGAUCCACUGGCAUACCUUCCAAACAGUGAACCUAGUAGAAGAAACAGCAUCUGUAAUGCUUCCGGUCAAGACUCUCGCGAGGAAACUCAACUUUGAUAAGAAGGAAAUAAGAGACUAAUUUUUUUUCCUACAAGGAUCUUGCUUGAAACAAAAGUGUUGCUGGCAUGAAAGAAACUAGAUUGGAAUAUAUUCAAUUCUCUCAUAUUUAAAUACAUAAUCUAUUCUCUUAGAGAGAUCAUUUUGAAACUUAAUGUGCUACUUAUUGGUACUCCCACUAUUAAAAGAUAUAAAAGGAGUGAUUUUGAAAUCCUAAAUUAAAGCAUAAAAAUUUAAAUGCAAUAUUUGUUUUACAUUAAGCCAAACUGUAUGAAGCCAAUAUUUAAAAUUAUUAAUGUUUUAUGAAAACAGACAAAACCUAUAUUUGGUGCAUCACAAUGGACAUAGAAGAUAGAUUCUCCCCUUCAAAAUUAAAUGUCAUAUUAUGUUUUUUAAAAGAGCUGUUUUAUAAAAUUGAGCUCAUCCUAACUGUCUAGUCUUCUCUACAUAAAGAUUGGCCAACAAACUUGUAUGGCUGACGUUUCUGUAAGAAUCAUAGUUUGCAUUAGAAUAUCAAUCAGUAAGUCAUUUUAACCUUUUUUCUCUGCCUUUCUAUGAUGUCGUAUUCAUUAGGAUUUGAGACGUUCAUAGCAUGUUUUGUUACACUGAAAAAACUAAUAUAUAAACAAAAAAGAAUAUUAAGUACCUGGACUUUUAGUAGCUUUAUGUCUAGCACACAUUUUAGGCCAAGAAAAGUGUACCAAAAAGCAAGUAUCUAUUGUUCUCCUAAAAGAAUGCCUAGCAUACAGAAAAUACUUAAUACACAUUUGUUGACUUAAAUUUAAUCCAAGAACUGAAACAUUAACUGGAUUUAUUCAAAUGUGAAGUAAUUUUCAUUAGACUCUUGAGCUUUAACAUUUUUCAUCUAUCUAUAUAGUAAUUUCAUUAGAAAAAUACUUCAAAAUUGACAAAAGAAAAUUUAUACCUUUUAUGGACUACAAAGACACUUCAGAAAGUUAAAAGUCCUCCUUAUGUCUUUAGUACUGAAAUAAUCACAUUCAAAAAAUGGUGUGUGAAAACUAUGCUUUAAGUUUGAGAAAUCAUUUAGGAACUAUAUUUUAACAUUAUAAGGGAAAAGCAAAAGACAAAAAGACUUAAUUAUCUUUUAAAUUUAAUAUAAAUCUUGAAGAAUUUGAAGGUUAUACAUUUAAAUAUAAAUUGGUCCUUGGUGACACCAAUGCUGUAUUGCUUUUUUUCCCUACAGAAAUAGACCAAGAAGCACAAGUGAAUACAUAGGUAUUGUAUGUAUGUAUCAUACAGGUAGUUGAAGUAUGGUAAGAUAUUCAUAUGGAUGAUCCAUUGACAAAUUUAAAAAGAUAUUUGUCUUCUAAUUUUGUAUUUGUUACUGAAUUUGACAUUGAGUUUUAAUUGAACAAUACAUAAGACAUAUAGGACUAGAAAGGGACAUUUUAUUCUUAUAAUGAAGCGGAUCAAUUGAAAGGAAAAUAGAAAUUUUUUAGAAAAGAUAAAGGUAGCCUAAUAUUCUCUCAAUAAUUCCACAGAAAUAAAAGUGUAAAGCAUAAAAUAUGAAACCACAAGAUUAUAGCCAUUAUAAUUUGGCUUAUGAAAUAUGAAAUGUCUUUUUUUAGUAUUGUACAUUAUCCACAUUUUAGAUUUACAAGAACACCAAAAGUUUCCCUAAAACAGAGAGAACCUGUCUUUGAUCAGAGAAGUAGAGUUUAUAACAAGUCACUUAAAAUUGGGAGGUUGCCUUAAAACUCAAAGAUUGUAUGCAUAUAUAUAUAUAUAUAUAUAUAUGUAUGUAUAUGUUAUAAAUGUGAAAUAUAUUUGGCAAACUAAUUUUCACAUAUAAAUUGUUAAAACUGAAGGCAGAAUUGAACUAAUAUAUGUAAAGGAGAAAAAUAAUGAAUUUAAUGUUUCAUAGUUAUACAUCUGUAGUCACGUAUAAUGUAUCUUUGAAUUGACUUUUUUUUUUUUACUCCAUUGCAAUUAUUUUUAGGAAUAAACAUAAGAUUUACAAAUAUUUUAUUUCCCCACAUGAUCUGAACUUUAGUAUUUUUGUGACAGUGUGAAGACUACGAUUUUAAGGUAGGAUAUAAUUAUAUUUCCUAUAUAACUAAGAAUUUGUUUCAUAAAAUUUCAAAUAAUUAUUUUUGACUAUGAAGAUUAGUCCAAAUUUAAUAUUUGACACAAUUCAUAUCAGCUUGCUAUAAUAAUGAUAGUUUAUUAGUCUAUCUGAUAUUUAAAGAAUAAAAAAAUGCUUAAUAAAGACUUUUAAUGAACUGUUGCCUUUUUAAAGUAAUUAUACUUGCACAUGAAAAUAAAACAUAAAGUCAAUAAUAGUCCUUGUAGCCCUAUGGGAAUUGGUUCUGUUCACUAUGUACCAUUUUGCUACUAGUUACACUGAGUUGCUUUAAAAUAAAUAAUAAAAUUAUUUCUGAUGA